UAUAAUCUGUAUGACGCAAAAACUUGUAGUAUAUUCAGAAUGUGUUUACAGAAUUUAAAGCAAUUGGAGAUGGGGGGUGGAGCUGUCAUGAGGAAACACAGACAAUUCAGUGUGCAAGUAGAUCCCAGACUGAGGAUUCCUUAGAACAGGACAGAACAGAAACAGAAUUCUGGAGUCAUGUUCUUUAUUGACCCAUUCUCAAUUCUUCUGCUGGUUCUGGUUUGUCUUUUUUUUGUGAAGGUCACUUGUGGCUCCAACCAGAAUGUUUACCCAAAUUUCCCACCCGGCCCAAAACCUUUACCCAUCAUUGGAAAUAUGCAUAUUCUGGACCUGAAAAGACCAUACAGGACGUUCUUGGAGCUGGCUAAGAAAUAUGGGUCAGUGUUCAGCGUACAAAUAGGGACACAAAAGAUGGUAGUCCUAUGUGGCUAUGAGACGGUGAAGGAUGCUCUCAUCAACCAUGCUGAAGAGUUUUCUGAGAGACCUUACAUCCCCAUAUUCCAAGACGUUACACAAGGACAUGGUAUUAUAUUUGCUCAUGGUGACAAUUGGAAAGUGAUGAGACGGUUUGCUCUUUUAACACUAAGAGACUUUGGGAAGGGGAAGAAAACUCUUGAAAACAUGAUUAUUGAAGAGAGUGAAUGUUUGGUGAACAAUUUUAAAUCCUUCGGAGGAAAACCAUUUGAAAGCACCAUGAUAAUGAAUGCUGCUGUGGCCAAUAUCAUUGUGUCCAUCUUACUGGGCCAUCGCUUUAACUAUGAUGAUCCAGUAUUCGUGAGAUUAUUGCAUUUAAUAAAUGAAAACAUAAGACUAGUUGGAUCUCCUAUGGUUACGCUGUACAAUACCUAUCAAUCUGUGAUGCGCUGGCUACCAGGAGGACAUAAAACUGUGAAUAGGAAUGCCAUUGAGAUGCGUCAGUUCAUUACAGGAACCUUCACCAAGUACAAGGAUCAGCUGGAUGCCAACGAUCAAAGAAAUCUUAUUGAUGCCUUCUUUAUCAAGCAGCAAGAGGAGAAAUCCAAAUCCCCCACAUAUUUCCAUGAUAACAAUUUAACAGUCGUCAUUAGCAACCUGUUCUCUGCCGGUAUGGAGACGACCUCAACGACUUUGAGAUGGGGGCUUCUGCUAAUGAUGAAAUAUCCGGAGAUUCAAAAGAAUGUCCAGGAUGAAAUAGAUAAAGUCAUUGGAUCUGCUGUUCCUCUGAUUGAGCACCGGAAAGAGAUGCCAUAUACAGAUGCUGUUAUACAUGAGGUUCAGCGCUUUGGCAACAUAGUACCGUUGAACAUUCCACAUGCCACCACACAAGAUGUUACUUUUAAAGGUUACUUUUUACCAAAGGGGACAUAUGUGAUCCCAUUACUGACAUCUGUACUGCGAGAUGAGGAUCACUUUGAGAAACCGGACGAGUUCUACCCACAACAUUUUCUUGAUUCAAAGGGGAAUUUCUUGAGAAAAGAAGCAUUUCUGCCAUUUUCAGCAGGUAAGAGAAGUUGUGCCGGUGAGAAUUUGGCUAAACUUGAGCUAUUUCUCUUCUUUACAAGACUGCUGCAAAACUUCACCUUCCAGGCUCCUCAUGGAGCAAAACUUGACCUCACUCCUGCAGUUGGAUUCACAACUCCUCCAAUGAGCCAUGACACGUGUGCUGUGUCUCGCACCUGAUGAGGAAGGCCAUUACACACAGCAUUUUCAGAAAACAUUUUUAAAAUACAUUUUUGUACAGAAGUGUGUUUACAGAGAGACAAAAUAACAAGUGUUACAAAUGUCCUCCUAACUCACUGAUAGACUAAACGCUAAAAUAAAGUUAUAAUAAAUGGA